UCGACCAUUCCUUCAUUUCUCCACACCAAUCAUCCACCCUUUCGACGCUCUUUGUUUCUCCUUCCCAAAAACACAUAAAAAAACACCAACAAAUUCAACAAUCUCUUCCCACAUUCCUCUCUCUCUCCAUUUAUUGCUUCCCUUUCUUCCUCACCUCUACAUUCGUUGUAAAUUGCAGUUGCAAAUUCCAAUCGAUUGAAUGAAUGCUCGUUGCUCCAUGAGCUCUCCCUAAUUUUUUAACAAUCCCAGCUUUUCGGAUUUGAAAUCUCUCCUUCUGGUUUGCUGAGAUCCUGCAGAAUAAUGUAAUAAGUGGUUCUUGGAGUUCGUUUAGGUUUUGUGGAAUUUGGGGGAAAAUUAGGUGAGGAGUAGCAGUGUUGUUGCUUAGAUGUAGGCAAGGUGUUCGACGAAUUGAUGGAUCUCAGCUUUGUUGUAGUCAGGCGUUAGAUGAUUAAGAUGGAUAGUGUUUGUUCAUUUCGUUGAUUGGAUUGGAGAUUCUUGAUCACCAUUAAUGGAUGCAUUUCGUUAGAAUCAUACCUGUUUUGAUCUGUCUGACUUGAUUCAUAGCUUAUAUACACAUAUACAUACAUACCUAUACCUAUACAGAUAUAUAUAUAACUACCUCUCUCUCUCUCUCUCUCUAUAUAUAUAGAUAGAUAUCGAAUUCUUUGGUUCUUUGUAGUUAGAAGCUGAAAGCUAUUCUUUCCGAAAAUCGGGUAGAAUGUGAAGCUGUAGAGAAAUUUUGUCUUGAGGGGACCUGUUAAAAGGUUUCGAAUCGAAGAUUUUAAAAUUUGAGGUUAAUGAUCUAAUAGGUGUUGUUUUUCUGCCCUUUUGGUCAUGAAAAUCUAGUGUUGGUUAAGUUUGUAGGCCUCAUUCAAAUCAUUCGUGUGGAAUUGUCGCUGUUUUGUUCGUUUGAUUCGUGGUUUUGUCCGUCGAAUUGUUGGAUUGUUUUGGUGUUGUCAUGGAGGAAACUUUCGUCCCGCUUCGUGGGAUUAAGAACGAUCUUAAAGGUAGGCUGCAGUGCUAUAAACAGGACUGGAGCGGCGGAUUGCGUGCAGGUAUCAGGAUCUUGGCGCCGACGACUUAUAUAUUCUUUGCAUCGGCGAUUCCGGUUAUAUCUUUCGGGGAGCAGCUGGAGAGAAACACUAGUAUUGUCGAAAAAAGUCUUUUCUUUUUGAUGUUCUUGAAGUGUUUUUUAUCGUUUUGUCGUAAAAUAAGUUUUUCCGUGUCGUAUUCGACAGAUGGAGCUUUAACUGCAGUGCAGACGCUUGCAUCGACAGCUCUCUGCGGCGUGAUUCAUGCAGUGGUCGGCGGACAGCCGUUGCUGAUACUUGGAGUAGCCGAGCCGACUGUUUUGAUGUACACGUUCAUGUUCAAUUUCGCAAAAGACCGUAAAGAUUUGGGGGAGAAUCUGUUCGUCGCCUGGUCGGGAUGGGUGUGUGUAUGGACGUCAGCGUUGCUUUUCUUGCUCGCGAUUUUGGGUGCGUGCUCGAUCAUCAACCGAUUCACGCGCCUCGCCGGCGAACUGUUCGGGCUUUUGAUCGCCAUGCUGUUUAUGCAGCAAGCGAUUCGUGGAGUCGUCGAGGAGUUCGGCAUUCCGAAGAGAGAAGAUAGCCGGAAGACCGAAUUUUUACCUUCCUGGCGAUUCGGAAACGGCAUGUUUGCAUUGGUACUGUCGUUCGGACUACUCCUCACUGCGUUACGGAGUCGAAAGGCGCGAUCUUGGCGAUACGGAGCAGGAUGGCUCCGAGGAUUCAUCGCUGACUACGGUGUCCCGUUGAUGGUGCUCGUGUGGACGGCCGUGUCGUACAUCCCGGUUAACGACGUUCCGCAUGGCAUCCCGCGACGACUCUUUAGCCCAAAUCCGUGGUCUGCCGGCGCGUACUCGAACUGGACCGUCAUCAAGGAUAUGUUGGACGUGCCUCCGCUUUAUAUCAUCGGCGCGUUCAUUCCCGCGACGAUGAUCGCCGUGCUUUACUACUUCGAUCAUAGCGUCGCGUCGCAGCUUGCGCAGCAAAAGGAGUUCAAUCUCAAGAAACCGUCGUCGUACCACUACGAUCUUCUUCUGUUGGGAUUUAUGGUCAUUCUCUGUGGUCUCAUCGGCAUUCCUCCCGCGAACGGCGUCAUCCCCCAGUCGCCGAUGCACACCAAAAGUUUGGCGACGCUAAAGCAUCAGCUCUUGCGGAAUAAGCUUGUUUCGACUGCUCGGGAAAGCAUUCGAAAGAACGCGAAUUUAUCGCAACUGUACAGCAACAUGCAAGAGGCGUACGUCGAAAUGCAAAGCCCGCUAAUUUAUCAAAACCCGCCUGCGCCGGGACUGAAGGAGCUGAAAGAUUCGACGGUCCAGCGCGCCUCCAGCAGCGGCUGCAUGGAUGCUCCCGUCGACACCACAGUUUUCGACGUCGAAAAAGACGUCGACGAACUUCUCCCCGUCGAAGUCAAAGAGCAACGCCUCAGCAAUCUUCUUCAGGCAUUGAUGGUCGGAACUUGUGUCGCCGCGAUGCCUCUUUUGAAGAAAAUUCCGACGUCGGUUCUCUGGGGAUACUUCGCUUUCAUGGCGAUCGAAAGCUUGCCCGGAAAUCAGUUCUGGGAGCGGAUCCUGCUGCUCUUUACGGCGCCGAGUCGACGAUAUAUGGUGUUGGAGGAGUACCACGCGACGUUUGUCGAGACGGUGCCGUUCAAGACGAUCGCGAUGUUCACAUUGUUCCAAACGUUUUACUUGCUGCUAUGCUUCGGGAUCACGUGGAUUCCGAUCGCCGGCGUGCUUUUCCCGUUGUUGAUUAUGUUGCUCGUCCCGGUUCGGCAGUAUCUUCUCCCCCGAUUCUUCAAAGGCGCGCAUCUCACCGACUUGGACGCCGCGGAGUAUGAAGAGGCUCCCGCAAUACGCUACAACAUAACGUUCGACGAUCAAGGGAACAAUCCGUCGCCGCGCCCCGCGAGUCUCGACAGCGGCGAGGUCUUGGACGAGAUCAUCACAAGAGGCCGGGGCGAAAUUCGACAUGCGCGAAGCCCGAAAGUGACGAGCUCGACGCAAUCGCCGCACGAGCAGAUGAAAUCGGUCUACAGCCCCCGGGUGUCUCAGACGGGGCGGAGCCCCCGACUGCACGAGAUACGGAGCGAAGUGAGCCCCCGGGUCGGCGGGAAUAAAGGGCUCGAAAUAACGCAAACCCCGAGCCCGCGGCCGUCGAUGCUGAGCAAAACUAGCCACGAUUCAUCGUCGUCUUGAUUGAUCGGUGAUCGAUCAUAAAUUUAUUGUUCGAGUUCGUGUUCGUGUUAUCUGAUGGUUUGUUGGUUCGAAUGUUGUAUUGAUGUGGUGAUCGAGAGGUCGUAUUUCUUAUGCAUAAUUUCUUCAAUUCGUCGAAUAUUGUCAUGUUGUAUUAGUUUUUUAAUUCUUCGUCCUUGUGCUAUUAAUUAAAAACAUAUGACUCUUGUGGGCAGAAGAUUAAAGCUCCAAUUUGUUGA